AUGCCAAAUUACACGGAUGUAACAGAAUUUAUUCUUGUGGGGUUGACCAGGCGUCAGGAGCUCCGGCUUCUCUUGUUUGUGGUAUUCCUGAUAGUUUACAUGAUCACUCUGUUUGGGAAUGUUGGUAUGAUCAUUUUGAUCAAUAUUAGUUCCCAGCUUCAGAGCCCCAUGUACUUUUUCCUGAGCCACUUGUCUUUUGUGGAUGUGUGGCUCUCUUCCAAUGUUACCCCCAAAAUGCUGGAAAACUUAUUGUCAGAAACAAAAACCAUUUCCUACGUGGGGUGUUUGGUGCAGUGUUACUUUUUCAUCGCCCUUGCUCACGUAGAGGUCUAUAUCUUAGCAGUAAUGGCCUUUGAUCGCUACAUGGCCAUCUGCAACCCAUUGCUUUAUGGCAGUAAAAUGACCAAGACAGUGUGUGUGCGGCUCAUUUCUGUGCCUUACGUCUACGGAUUCUCUGUGAGUCUAAUAUGCACACUCUGGACAUACGGCUUGUAUUUCUGUGGGAACUUUGAAAUCAACCACUUCUAUUGUGCAGAUCCCCCUCUCAUCAAGAUCGCCUGUGGAGGAGUGCGCAUCAAAGAAUACACAAUGAUGGUCAUUGCUGGAAUUAAUUUAACGUAUUCUCUCUCAGUGGUCCUUGUCUCCUACACCCUCAUUGUAGUAGCUGUGCUGCGCAUGCACUCUGCUGCUGGGAGAAGGAAGGCAUUUUCCACCUGCGGGACCCACUUGACUGCUGUUACAAUAUUUUAUGGUACCCUCAUAUUCAUGUAUCUCCGGCAGCCCACGGAGGAGUCGGUGGAGCAGGGAAAGAUGGUGGCUGCAUUUUAUACCACUGUGAUCCCCAUGCUGAAUCCCAUGAUCUACAGCCUGAGGAACAAGGAUGUGAAAGAAGCAGUCAACAAAGCAAUCACCAAGGCAAACUUAAGGCAGUAA